AUGGCUUGGGGUAUCAACAAGUUUACAAAGAAAUUACGUAAUCCGCACUACAUCGACAACAAUGAGCUGUUAGACUACCUAUCUCGAGUACCGUGCGAUAGGGAUUUGCUUGAAUGGCGCGAAUAUACGUUAACACCGUCAUCAAACGGCAAAGAGAAGGACAAGGCUAAACUCAAGGAUAAAUAG